UGAGUUGUGGUUAGCUGUCUUGCAUGGCAGCUUCUGCCAUCAGUAUGUGAGUGUGAUGUAUAAUGUAAAGUAGUUUUGGGUACUAUAUAAAUACAGAUGCAUUUCUAUUUGUACAUGGAGAGUGAAAAGUGGAGGGAAGUGUUCAGUGCAUCAUGGGACAUUCCCCAGCUGGAUAAGGGUCACCAAGCCAACCCUAACUACAAGUUUCAUCCAGAAGGAAAGUCCAAAUGAAGCCUGAUCUAAAAGGUAGUCUGCUUUCCGAAGCUGGUUCCACAGAGAGGGGUCAGAUAACUGAAGGCUCUGCCUCCCAUUUGACUUUUAGGAACUCUAGAAACCACAAGUAAACCUGCUGUUUGUUUAUCUCAGUUGUUUAAUGUGCUUUUAGAUUGGCCUAACUAGGACACAGACACCACAGCACGUUAAAAAUUGCUUAACACCACACUGGGGUCGAACUACUGUUAAUGAUACAGUGGAUGAAGAAAUCAAGAGUUGGGGAAACCUUAAAAAGCAGACUCACACUGUCAGUUAUUUCCAUAAUUUAAUAUGAAGCACAAGGAAAUCAUUAUUUUCUAGAGAAAUCUGAUAGUUUUUAUGGAGCAAUUUGUAGCUGCCACUGAACAGAUAAUAAAGGUGACUAAACGUUGUGUAUUUAUGUAGUUGGACUCCCUCUGGAUGCAUGUUGAACAUGCACCAACAUGUCCAAUGUCUAAUCCAUGCAACCUUAUCCAUCCUGUAAUAUUUAACAUCUUUACAGUGUCCAAAGGUGAUGCAGAAGUUAAUGAUCAGGUCGGUUUGGUAAAAAAGGCUGCAGAGCUUAAAUCCAGCUGCACUCGCCAGAAGACACAAUGAUAAUCAGAAACCCUAACUAAGAGUGUGUCCUUCCUAUGCCGUCCUAUCUGGGGAUUAAAAAUCUGACAGUUAAAAGCCAGUUUUUAGAAGCAAAAAGCCUAAGAUGACGUUUGAGACUCUCCUAGAGGAAAUAAAUGGCUUUGGGCCAUUCCAAAUCAUCAUCAUCACCCUGCUGGUCUCCCCCCGAAUUGUUAUUCCCUGUCAUUUCUUACUGAACAACUUCAUAGCUGCAGUGCCGCCUCAUCAUUGUGACCUCAGCACCUUGGAUGAUGGAGAAGUCUUCAGCAAUUUAACUGAGGAGCAGCGGCUGGCCGUCAGCAUUCCUGCAGGAGGAGAUGGGGUCCUGAAAUCCUGUGAGAUGUUUGCAGAGCCACAGUUUCUGCUUUUAUCCAACAGUUCCAGCAGCACCGACCCACUCACACUCCAGUGCCAGAGUGGAUGGGUUUAUGAUAAUUCGACCUUCACUUCCACCCUUGCAACAGAGUGGGACCUUGUCUGUGACAGAAAGAGCCUGACAAAAACCACAAGCACAAUAUUCUUUUUUGGAGUGAUGUUUGGGGCCAUCGCGUUCGGAUAUCUCUGUGAUAAGUAUGGGAGGAGGAACACUCUUCUGGCCUCAUACAUCAUGGUGAUCGUGUUUGGUUUCUCCAGCGCUUUUGCAGACUCCUACAUACUGUUUGCUAUACUGAGAUUUUUUACAGGAUUUGGUCUGGCGGGAAUCAGCAUCAACUCAGUCGUUCUCAGCAUCGAGUGGGUGGACACGGGUCACAGAUCAUUUAUAGGUGUGAUUGGCAGCCUGGCCUGGUCUGUAGGGAACAUGCUACUGGCUGGUUUUGCCUUUCUGGUGACUGACUGGAGGAAGCUGAUCGUGACUGUCACAGCCCCGUUAGGAUUUGCAGUUUUGACCUGGUGGUGGAUUCCUGAAUCUGCUCGAUGGCUUCUAGCCAACGGUAAUGCAGAAAAGGCCCAGAUUUACCUUGACAAAUGUGCAACUUUCAACAAAAGACAUAAAUUAUCCAGGCUAAAAGUCGAGACUCUUUCCAACAUAGAAAUCCUGGAAAAGCAGGGAAAAAACUACACUUACCUUCACCUGUUCAGAACCCCAAAGAUGAGACAGUUAGCAUUACUGUCCGGGAUCGUUUGGUAUGGAGUUGCCUCGACAUAUUAUGGAAUCAGUCUGAAGAUCAGUGGGUUUGGUUUGAACAUGUACCUCACACACUUCAUCUACGCAGCCAUAGAAGUUCCAGCCAAGCUGAUGAUUUACUGUUUUCUCAACAUCUUUGGGCGAAGGGUGUGUCAGGCAGGUACGCUGAUCCUGACCGGAAGCUGCAUCGCCGUCAACAUCUUCAUUCCACAAGAUCUGUGGCAUGUUCGUGCUGUUAUUGCUAUUCUUGGAAAAGGCCUUUCAGAAGCUUCUUUUACAACCGUGUUCCUCUACACGACUGAACUUUACCCCACAGUCAUCAGGCAGAACGCUUUGGGCUACACUAGCUUCAUGAGCCGUCUGGGCGUAUCGGUGGCUCCGCUCAUCCUACUGCUGGAGGACGUUUGGACCCUUCUUCCUCAGAUCAUCAUCUGCUCCGUGGCCAUCGUUUCUGGCCUGGUCUCCCUGCUGCUCCCAGAAACACUGAAUGCGGCGCUGCCAGAAACAAUCGAUGAUGUGGAAAAGUCAGGAAAAAAUCCCAACAUCUCUCCGGCUGAAGAAUCUUUGGAUGUUUUCUUACAAUCAAAAAGCUCAACAAGCAUUUAACAGCGAAGAGACGGCUGAAACGUGGAUGUUUGUUCACUUUGUGUAUUUUGCAGUUGCUUAAAUAAACUGUAAAAGUCAGAACACUGUUGUCACAUCAACACUUAUGUUAUUCUUUUUGUAUAAAACGUUAUGUUGGUGUAGAUUCUCAGUCAUGCAGUUCGUGCUAAUCCUCAGAUUUAAUAAAGGCAACUGGAUUUCUAUUACCCAGUUCACCUCUCAUCCAUCAUCAUCAUGUAGCCAGGGUCUGAGAAACUCAGAUGCAUCACCAUACAAACAUCCCGGUGUAAUUCAGACCAAAUAACACCCUCAGACAGAAGCUGCUUCACCCAAAGUACAAAACACCCAAACACAAGCUGAGUGGUGUCGUGUAUACAGUGUAUUUUAUAAAGGAGAGCAAACA